CCGUCUGGCGUUGUCAGUGAGUGUGCGGGUACUUGUCGGGAGCACAGUUGCCCUUACGACGUCGGAUAGCGUUCGAAUUAGUCUCGGAAACUCGGGUGAAACGAGAACGGUGACAGUUCAGAGUGUGACGCGGAUGCGCGAUGUGCCGUGUCGUGUCGUGUCGCGGCUGAUUCGCGCCGGCGGCGAUUUAAAACAAGCGACUGGAUUUCAUCAUAUAGUGGUGUGUGUGCUACCCUUCUCUCCUUCUCUCUCUCUCACCAUCUCUUCUCCCGUCUCUCCCUCUUUCUUUCUCUCCCUAUCCGUCCAUCCGUCUGUCUGUUUACCCGAAGCAUCGACCGCGACGAGUGUCAACGACUCAUCCGAAAAUUGUUGCGUCGAUCUGUCGUCUCUUUACCCAUCUCUAUCCCUGUCCUGUCCCUUCGCGAAAGCGAGACGAGACGCCGCUGAUGCAGCAACACGCUUCGCGCGGCAGAUGCGCCACUGACGCAACGGCGUCGUCGCCGGGAGCUUCCUCGCCUUCUCACCGUCGAGAGAUAAUAAACACGUCGAAUACCAGCGUGUGCGAGUGAAGAAACGGCCGUUGUUUUUGUUUUUUUUUUUUUUCUUUUUCUUUUCGGCUUGUCGAUAGACGUCGCGAUCCUAGGAUCUAGGAAAACAAGAGUCACUGCGUUCGGCAGGACCGCGGAUUCGGAUUCUUCCUCACGUGGUUCAAGGUCAUUCUAAAAACAUCCGGACGUCACGAGCGCGAACGAGCGGACGGUGCAAAACGACGCUUUCCACGCGACGCCGCGCGAGAGAGCUGUCAGCGACCGUGUCGCGAGACUUUUCCCUGGUGUUUUCGUCUCAACCCCUGGGAUACCCGCGCAAGCUUUCUUGAACGUGACGAGAGAGAGAGACGCCGAGUGUUACAACGUCUCCCUCGAUAUCCGAUGCAUCGAAGAUCUGAAUCAGCCCGCGAGAAGUCGUCCGCCGACGACGAGGAGAGAAGAAGCGUGCCAAGUUCCGGUGUCGCGGUCUUCCUACGCUUCGCUUUGGAUCUGUGACGUUAUCUUGGAUCGCAUUGCGCGUCUCUCCGAGGAUAACGUUCACCUGUGACCGACCGACUGUGAUUUCAACGUGUGACGCCACUGCCAAAAAAGGAUUCAAACUUGCGUCGAUCGCGAACUUGCGUUUUCGUCUUUACUUCCUUCGCCUUCCAGUGUCCAUUCGUCGAGGACGAGUGUCUUCCACGUUGUACCAGAAAUAUAUUUCAUCGUUUACACCGAAAUCGUUCUACGUCUUCCGCGGAUUCCAAUGUUUUUAACCGACCAAAAGGACUCUCGACUUCCUUAAACUUCCUUUGAAGUAUAUUCGACGCACACAAGAAAGUAAAGGAGGAUCGAUUCUUCUGCCGCUACGACAUCGAGUUCUUUGAAGAGGUCUUUUGACCAGAUCGCGAACUCGAUUCGUUAACUAUAUACAUUAAUCUUGACCACCGUGUGCAAAGACGUUGCGCAUUGCACAGAACUUUGCAUCACCUCUAUCAUCUGAAUACGCUCAACGCAUCCUAGGUCGUCUUCGUAUUCGUUUGCGGCUAUCUACAAUCUACAACUUUUCUCAUCACUUGGAUACGACAGGACGACGCCGUGACGACCGAGAUCGAGAGGCGCAUCUUCAAGCCGGCCCCGUGUGAUGCGUCGCACGCAGGGCCGCCGCUGCUGUUUCGCGUCAGUUUGCGCGACCGUCUCGUCGCAAUAACGGCGAAGAUGUUCGGGAAGGUGCCGCCGUCGAACACGCCGGGUCCGCCUAAUAAUAAUGGCGGCCAAGCGUCAGCCAAAUCGUGCGCUAGGCUGACGACGAUGACAACGACGAGCACGACGUCGUGUCUGCCGUGCUUUUCGGCGGACGAGACGUCGACGUUGGGCGCCGAUGAUAAAGCAAGAUUCUGGCGACAGACGAAGGAAAACGUCGAUGACGCUGCCGCGGUAGUCUCCGAAGCUCCUUGUAAUUCUCUGCAACCGUUUACCAGUCAUACGGACACCUCACCCGUCACAAUAGAGCUUCCUAGAUCCUGCAGGACCGACGUGACGACAACGACGAUUUGCGUCAGCGCUUGCUCCAAGAUCUCGGCCAAAUGUUCGCCCAAGGAAGCAGCGUCGCAGAUGGGCAGGAAUCAUGCCAAUGCGACGCAAAAGUGCACCUCUGGUCAGAAUUGUCCGAUUCUCCAGAAGACCGGCAGGUCGCGGAGACCGCAAUCUGCCUCGACUGGAAGUCUCAACGUCGAAUCGUGCACAAGAGACUGUAUGAAAACCGUGAAGAAGAUUGUUGCCGCUGGCCGAGAGCCUCCGAGUGGCAAAGAGCAGCCGACAGGCGGUGGCAGAACUACAUGCAACGAGCAGCAAUCCAAAUGCUCUCAAGCAUACGCCGCCAAAUUAUCUUCCGCGACGUCUUCUGAAAUAAUUAAUCACUUGCCAGGCGGAAAGAGAUCCAACAACGAGGAUCUCUUAGUAGAUACGUGCGCGGGUUAUUCCGCAAACAGUGCAUCUAACGUGUCAACUGUAAGCGAGUUGUUGUAUGUGCAUCAGAAGCCGGCGCCAAGGAUAGUCGACGUGAAAGACGGCGCCGGCGAUUCUGCGAUCACCACCGUGACCUGCGAAGACGAUUCCUGUGUCAAUGACUUCGUCACCUCGACACCGUCCAAGGACUGGAUGUCGUCUAGCAAAGUCUGCAGCGACGCAAUGACGCUGCAACAGAAUUGCGUGUCCUGCGCGCCGCAGGAUCUCCCCACGGAAUUGCAAUCGUCCACAUCCUUAUCGAGGAGCUACAAGGAGAAGUGUCGCGAUCUUUCUUGGCGACCCACGGAGAUGACGGAGGGUGGCGCGAUACACGGAUUGACAAUAUGCUCGGGCGAGAUGUUUCAGGAUACGAGCUCGAAGAGGCGCACCGGAGCAUCCUGUCAGGCGCUCAGGCACGCCGUCGCCUCGUUGAAUCGCCUGGACGACUUUUACAUGGAGAAGAUCGGCGCGGGCUUCUUCUCGGAGGUUUACAAGGUUACUCAUAAAGUGACAAGUCAGGUGAUGGUGCUCAAGAUGAAUCAGCUGGCGGCGAACAGGCCGAACAUGCUGAAGGAAGUCCAGCUCAUGAACAAGCUCAGCCAUCCGAACAUACUAAGGUUCAUGGGAGUGUGCGUACACGAGGGUCAACUACACGCGUUAACGGAAUACAUCAAUGGUGGCAGCUUGGAACAGCUGAUCAUGUCGCGGCAUACGCCGUUACCGCAUCUCAUCCGGAUGAACCUCGCCAGGGAUGUGGCCCGUGGCAUGGCCUACCUGCACAGCCGCGGCCUAUUCCACCGCGAUCUCACGUCCAAAAAUGUGCUGAUCAAAAAGGACGAGUGUAACAACGAGAUGAUUGCGGUUGUGGGCGAUUUCGGGUUGGCCGCAAAGAUACCGGAUCCAAGCACGGGGUAUCGACUCAGCACUGUCGGCAGCCCCUACUGGAUGUCACCCGAGUGCCUCAAGGGCCAGUGGUACGAUCACAGGUCCGACGUUUUCUCAUUCGGCAUCGUCGUAUGCGAGCUGAUCGGCAGAGUGCCGGCAGAUCCGGACGUUCUGCCACGCUCAGAUAACUUUGGCCUCGAUUAUCUGGCCGUGGCGGAGAUCUGCGCGGCCGCUGAUCCGCCGCCCGCCUUCCUGCAACUCGCCUUCAAUUGCUGUACAUACGAACCCAAGUCGAGGCCAACCUUUCCAGAGAUCACAACUAGUCUGGAGACCAUAAUAGCGACCUGCGAAGUAGAAUUGAAGAGCAACAUUGGUAAACGACAAUCGACUGUUGACCCGACAUUAAUGUCCAGUAUGGACGAAAUUGCACGAGAAGGACGCACGAUGAAGCGACGUACUGCAAAAGUCAGAAGUCAAUCGGCAGAUGCGAGAGGUUGCGACAACGCAACUCCCUCCGAUAAGGCGAGAUGUCACUCUGCCAGGCGGGUGGCCGAGCUCGCCAGCAGACGGGAUCCGCAUUAUAGACCGAUGACGGCGAAUCCGUUCCACGCAUUGGGCGGCGUCAAAAAGAUUCUUGGUGAUCUGUUCUCCAGCUGUCUGGAGCUACCCUCGCUAGAAGAUGUGCGUCCCAGCGUCACUGACGGCGCGUGUAGCAAGUUCAAGCCGGCGCAGAAUGACAGCAUCGCCAAGAUCCUGGAUAGGAAAAAGCCGAGCUCCGAGCCGAGCAGCCCUACUGCUAGAAAGAAGUGGGAGAGGAAAGUUGCCACCAAGGUAGGAGCUGCGAGUCUGUUUACUCAUCCACUCUUCCGGGAUGGUUGGGAGCCACGGAGACGCGGCAGCUGCGAAUCGGGCUUCUGGAGUUGCGUUGGCGAGGACCUGAGUCCGGAGCCACCGAAUCGGCGGCACACCUCAACUCUCAGCAGUUCAGCAGCAAGCAGUCUGUUUCUGCUAGAUGAUCAUCGAACCAGCUCGAUCUACACGGACUCUUCCGAAGACAUUGCCAGCUUGGGUGGCGGCGAUUCGUGCUGGGAGGACCGACUAAACGGCAUUGGUUCCUCAAGCAAGACCAUUUCGAAAAUUGUUGAAUACUUUGAGAGAAAGCAGGCGAUGGCAGGUAGACUCGGCGAACACGGCGAUACCGCCGGUCCUAGCCGCUUAACUUUGCUACGGGCCAGUCUGGAAGGGCCCGUGCCCAUCAGUAGCAUCUCGGCCGCACAGCGGCUGGUUGUGUGCGAGGGUGCCGUACGUAGCAAACUCGCAUUAUUCGACAAGAAGUGAUAUUAUGCCUGACAGUCGUUUGACAGUUUCUUAUCGUUUCCUUCCGAUGCUCAAGGAGCGCCCGCAUAAAAAAAGCCUACACAAUGAAAUGUGACACAGAUCUUGAAGAGAGUUUGCCUCAUCGUCGCGUACGUGAUGACGGCAAGUAUCCUGGAACGUUACACGAUAAUUAGAUAGAUAGCGCGUUUUUAUAUAUAAUUAAGAGUGGAGAACAAAUGGUAGUUACAUGAAAAAUAAUAGUAAUCGCGGUUUUAUUGCACAUACGACAAAUGAAAAAGGGAGUUAAUAGUACCAGCGCGUCAUACGUGACUUGUAGGCAGGGUAGUUGAUACGCGCGCGCGGCGUGCUAAAGAACAUUUCUCUAAAAACCUAAUAACCUGACUGUGAUGUUUUUUGAUAAUCUACAUACAUACAUAAUUGAGCUGUACGACUGAAAUUUGGCGGAGCCAUCGGCACACAGGAUCUUUAAUACGCUACAUGAAUCGCGUUUCAUGCACUUGGGCUAUAACGAUGUAUUGUUCAGAAGAAAAAGAUAGAGAGGACGAAGCAAUAGCGAAUUUCGUUUAAAAAAUGCGUUUAAGAUUAGUGCUGGCGUAGCGCUAAUCGAUUUUUCGGAAUUGACGUACGUUUUGCAGUGCCUCGCAGUUCCUAGUAGCCAUCUCCGUCCUUAUGCACACGAACCGUGGUUAUUACCGAUCAUUGCAAGAAAGCUAUUCAGAUCGAAGAUGUGAGUACGAAUUAUUUCUUUUUAUUUAAAUAGGCAAGUAGGUAAAUCGUUUUAUCUUGCCAUUCUAAUCUUGUAGUUGAUAUUUGCGAUAAAUUUUGUCGAUUCGUUGCGUUUGUUUUUUUUUCUUUUUUGUUUUGUAAUGUAUUAAUAAUAUGUAAUUUUAUCAAUUUUUAAUUCUAAAUUUUUAUUUUAAAGAUAUUUAAAAAUAUUGACCUGUGUUACUGCAGCUAUUCUAGUAUGCUGCAAUGAGAGGUCAGAGGAAGAUAAGUUCAAUUUACAGAGGUUGCGUUUCGCAGCAUUCUCAUGUCGUUUUCGACUCGACAGAUAACAUCAACGCGGCCCAAGGUUCGUCGUUGUUGUGCUACGCGUUUUCUCAACGGUUCGAAAUUUUGCGUGUCGUGACGUUAAUAGCUCGGAACGCGCGGUAUAAAGUGCCGGAGAGACCACAUAACGAUAAUAUAUAUACAUAUAUAUUUUUUUGUUGAUAGAGAUAUUAUUACAUACCGUGUCCUGGAUAUCCUUGUUAAGGUAUUAUGCGAAGCCGAGGAAUUUGUGUACACUUUGAAAAGAGAACAUAUGAAACUGAUCUAGUCAGUGUAUUAAUGUGGCGGCCUUAUCUUUUAUACGUUGUAGCGCUAAAAUUUAGUAUUUAAGGUGAAACGGCGAGCGUGAAAUGAGCGCGAGAUGAAACUGGGCCUCCUGGUAGUUCGUAGUGGUUUUUUUUUUAACAUCGGAAUAUUUAUACAAUAGAAAACGCGAAAGUGAGAGCGUGUGAGACGAGUGAAUUGAGAUGUAUUGCACCUGUGUGUGCGCGCGUUGCGGAAGGAAAGUGUACACGUCCAAUGAUAUACAUAUAUAGGUAGCUAGGACUCACACACAACACACACAUACACACAUUAUAUAUAUAUAUAUAUAUAAUGUGAAUUGUUUCGUCAGACGGCGAGUUGAACCAAAUCUAUGAUCGUAGGGUGAUAGAUUAAUAUAUAAGAUGAUAUCUUUUUACUUGUCGAAGUUCGCUCACGGGUUUAUUCCAUAAGACUGUGCGUUCAUUAAGUAACAUGUCGUAUGUAAGAUAAAGAAGAUCGAAAUCGCGUCAACGACAUUCGCAGUCUCUUCUUCCUCGUGUACAAUAGAAUGCGCGCCGUGCAUGGAGUUUUUUCUUUUCGUUCAUCUUAAUUUUCGUUCAUCGAGUCGGGGCCUUCCGUUUCUCCUCGAUGCGUCAAUCGGUACCUGAACAAUCGCAGCGAAGAAAGAACUGCGAACGAGUUAGUUCUUAAGCAUGCGGACAUAUCAGGAGUAUGGGCUGGGAUUCAACCCGAUCGAUCAAGGGCAAUAAAUGCGUGAUUACAAGUGACGGGUGUUGCGGGUUACAAGUGCGGAUGAGUGAGUGAAUGUGAACGAGGGAAAGAAAAA